AUGCGUCGUGCAACUAUUCAAGCGCUCCGUACUGCUCGUCGUGCACCAGUAUGGCGGGUUGGCGGUAGGAAACCGAGCAUAUCGUUUACAGGCUGCCCGUCUCUUGGUCUCCGAUCUUACUCCACGCCUAAGCUUUCUGCUACCCUCCAGUCCUCCAUGCAUCUUCGAACCUUCUCUGUUGCAGCAGUAUCGGCAGUAGUCGCAUCCGGAGCUUGGUACGCUUAUCAAGGCGGCUCCCAGACACCAGCAGCUGCCGGUACGUCCUCGCAGAUCCGAGCAUUCACGUCGAAUGCCCAUGCCGAACACCCCACGGAAACGGCGCGCCGUGCUCUUUUAGUGGAUAACGACCAAUUCUAUACAGCGACGCUUUCAGGAGAGAAGCCAUUGCAGAAAAACACUGACGACUCCGAUCGCCGACUCCUAGAGAUGCUAACGCCCGAACAAGCAACGCAGAAGCUGAGGAAGAACGAGGAAUCAUACUUGGUGAAUCGGGGCAAGGGAGUCGUCCGAUAUGAUGUUGUUCAGGUCCCGAGCAACUCUCCCAUCGAAGAUGACCAUGCAGAGAAGAUAGUUGAGGUACCUGCGUCCAAUUCCGCGGCCAACGAAGGCCAAUCCAGCAGUGACUGGAUGUUUUGGGCAGUUUUCGAUGGCCAUUCUGGCUGGACAACUUCUGCCAAAUUGCGCAAUGUCCUCAUUUCCUACGUCGCCCGCGAGCUGAAUACUACAUAUAAAUUGGCGUCGGCGGACCCUUCGCUAGUGCUACCAUCAUCCAUAGCAAUAGAUGCCGCUAUCAAGGAAGGUUUCGUUCGUUUAGAUAAUGACAUCGUCCACGGCAGCGUCAAGGAGGUUUUCAAGUCCAACUCGCGCCGCGCUGCAGCCGAAUUGCUUGCCCCCGCUCUGUCCGGCUCCUGCGCUCUCCUCGCGUUCUACAACUCGCAGACCCAGGACCUGAAGGUGGCCUGUGCAGGCGAUUCCCGUGCCGUCCUCGGCCGUCGCGGAGAGAACGGCAAAUGGACAGCAACGGCGCUUUCAGAAGACCAGACGGGCGGCACGCCCUCUGAAAUGAAGCGCUUGCGUGAGGAACACCCCGGCGAGCCGAACGUUGUCCGCAACGGACGUAUCCUCGGUCAACUAGAGCCUAGCCGUUCUUUCGGAGAUGCUUUUUACAAGUGGAGCAAGGAAACGCAGGACAAGAUCAAGCGCCAGUUCUUCGGCCGAACCCCACACCCCCUCCUGAAGACACCCCCCUAUGUCACCGCCGAACCCAUCAUCACAACGACCAAGGUCGAACCCAGCCAAGGCGACUUCCUCGUUCUCGCAACAGACGGCCUUUGGGAAAUGCUUAGCAACGAAGAAGUAGUGGGCCUGGUCGGGCAGUGGAUCGAGGAGCAGAAAGCAGCAGCUGGAGCUGGUACCGGCAACAAGAGCUGGAUCCGGAGCCUCUUCAGCUCCCAACCUACCCAGCUACCUGUAGAAACACCAAAAGAAGCCAGCACUGACGGACAACGCCGCCCAAUCCGCCAGCAGCAAUACGACAUCUCGGGCGCUGCUAGCCGCUUCGUCGUUGAAGAUAAGAACGCAGCCACUCAUCUUGUUCGCAACGCCAUGGGCGGAAAGGACAAGGACAUGCUCUGCGCCCUGCUCACCCUCCCUAGCCCCUACUCCAGACGAUACCGCGACGACGUGACCGUCGAAGUCAUCUUCUUCGGCGAAGGCGCCGACAGCCGCACGAUCUCCAUCAAUGAGGACGCCAGUGCGUCGGAGGAGAAAGUCAAGGCUAAACUAUGA